CACCGAAGAAGAAGAAACUCUGUGACGUAGAUCGCUGUGCGACAGAGACCACUGCAUGUAGCAUGUAGCCUUGCAUGUAGCAGCAUCUGCAGACAACUUUUACAAGAUCUUGCUGUUGGCUGCGAGGUUUGAAGUGAUGAUAUGACGAUGUGACAGUCGGCCGUGUGUCGGUGGUGUUGUGGAGCAGUGAGUGCAUGUCCCGGCCGCAGGAGGUGGAGGAGGGCAGGCGGAGGGUCUGAGCUCAGUGUGGGCGGCUGUCGGUGUCCGGGAUGGAGACCUGGACCCCCAAUCCCCGAGCCAAGCCGUUCAUCCCCCGCCAACAGAGGAGCCUGUACCUCACCUGGAAAUACAAACUGACCAACAAGAGGACGAUUCGUCGGUUCUGUCAGGCUGGCGCUGUGCUGUUUCUGCUGAUAACUGUCAUAGUCAACAUUAAACUCAUCUUGGACACGAGGAGAGUAGCUAACGAAGAUGCAGCAGCUCAAGAAUAUGAGGACACUAUACCCAACAUGGAGACACCACGCAGGCCCGCUAACGGACGCAAGGUCCUGGACAUUGAGGUGUACUCCAGCCGCUCCAAGGUCUACGUGGCAGUUGACGGCACCACUGUGUUGGAGGACGACAUGCGGGAGCAGGGCAGAGGGAUCCAUGUGAUCGUCCUCAACCAGGCAACUGGUCAUGUGAUGGCCAAGAGGAUAUUUGACACGUACUCUCCACAUGAGGAUGAAGCCAUGAUCCUCUUCCUCAACAUGGUGACCCGGGGUCGUGUCCUCAUCUUCACCAUAAAGGAUGAAGGAACGUUCCACUUGAAGGAAGCUGCGAAGAACCUGCUGAAGAGUCUCGGCAGUCAGGCGUCGCUCAACCUCAGCUGGAGGGACAUGUGGACUCUGGUGGUGAAGAAAGGAGGUCAGGUUUAUGGGGAGAAGCACUCCAAGUCUCCGGCUCUGUCCACCUGGGGAGACCCGGUGCUGCUGAAGACUGAGGUGCAGCUCACCGCCUCUGAAGAGGCCGAGUGCCACUGGGCCGACACCGAGCUGAACCGGAGGAGGAAGAUCUUCUGCAGUAAAGUGGAAGGAUACGGCAGCAUCUGCAGCUGCAAAGACCCGGCGCCCAUCGAGUUCAACCCUGAUCCUCUGCCCGUCAAUAAUGUCUUCAGUGUCCCGGUGGCCGUCAUAGCAGGGAACAGACCCAACUAUCUGUACAGGAUGCUGCGGUCGCUUCUGUCGGCUCACGGCGUCAAUCCGCAGAUGAUCACCGUCUUCAUCGAUGGAUAUUAUGAGGAGCCCAUGGACGUCGUGGAGCUGUUUGGACUGAAAGGAGUUCAGCACACACCAAUCAGCAUCAAGAAUGCCAGAGUGUCUCAGCACUACAAGGCCAGUCUGACUGCAACCUUCAACCUGCACCCAGAUGCGAACUUUGCCAUCGUCCUGGAAGAAGACCUGGACAUCUCCAUCGACUUCUUCAGUUUUCUGAGUCAGACGAUCCACCUGUUGGACGAGGACGACAGCCUGUACUGUAUCUCAGCCUGGAACGACCAGGGGUACGAGCACACGGCGGAGGACCCGGCGCUGCUGUACAGAGUGGAGAGUAUGCCCGGUCUGGGCUGGGUGUUGAAGAAGAGCCUCUACAAGGACGAACUGGAGCCAAAAUGGCCGACUCCUGAGAAGCUGUGGGACUGGGACAUGUGGAUGCGAAUGCCGGAGCAGAGGAAAGGCAGAGAGUGCAUCAUCCCCGACGUGUCCCGAUCGUACCACUUCGGAAUCAUCGGCCUCAACAUGAACGGCUACUUUCAUGAAGUAUAUUUCAAGAAACACAAGUUCAACACUGUUCCUAAUGUGCAGCUGAAGAACGUCGACAGCUUAAAGAAAGAUGCUUAUGAAGUGGAGAUCCAGAACCUGCUGAAGGAAGCAGAGGUGCUGGACCACACUAAGAACCCGUGUGAGGACUCGUUCCUGCCGGACUCUGAGGGGAAGACCUACGUCAUGUUCAUUUCGAUGGAGACGGAGACGGACGUGUCCACCUGGACUGAGCUCGCCAAGUGCCUCCAUGUUUGGGACCUGGAUGUUCGGGGGUACCACAGAGGCCUGUGGCGGCUCUUCAGGAAGAGGAAUCACGUCCUGGUGGUCGCUGUGCCGAUUUCUCCGUACUCUGUGAAGAAACCAGCCAGCGUCACUCCCAUUCACUUAGAGCCUCCCCCCAAAGAAGAGGGCGCCCCGGUGGAGCAGAUGUAGACCUGAUGUUAGACUCAAACUUCAACCAGCCCAGGCCUUAACUCAACAACCACUAAUACUCCAGCCUGGGACCCACAACGACAAACCCACUUGUCCUCCAUAUCGAACUUGUGUAGGGAGGAUUUCUGGGAAAUGGAGUCUUAAUCUUCUUCCUUUGUGUUAUUUUUUUUUCUUAAACAAAAGAGGGAUUAACACUACAGACUGCACUACUGAAGCCGUCCGACAGCUCAACGAGCAGCGACGACGCUGAAAACUAGUUACGGUAAAACGUCACCGUUCAACCAAAAACACUAUCUGACCUGCAACAGCUGUUUCUGUCUCUGAGACGUCGGUGGGUCGACCCGGUCCGAUGAAUUUCAAUUCAAGCUGUGACUUUUCAACAACAACGGUACAGACGACACAAACAGACACUCGGCAUCAACUGUUUUCUUGGUUUGUUGUGUUUUUUUAAACUGCUGAGUGCUUUGAGCGUUUUGUACAUUUGUUUUAACUUAUCUCUAUUUAUUUUACAUCAGUUGAUCAAAAAGGAGUUGAGUUGUUUGUUUGCAUUUUUCUUUUUUAAAUCACUUUUAUCAAGAUAAAUGCAUUUUUUAAGAGCCUAACGUUUACAGAUAAUAAAAAUAAUAAAAGCGUAUAUACAUGACUAUAUAUUUUUUGAUGAAAAAUGUAAAAGGGUCAGAAUAUUUUUCAGCGUUGAGUUGAUAAACAGCCCUGUGAGGGUUUGACUUUUUCAUGACUGCUCGGGCAUCAUGAGGGGAAACUACGGUGGCUGAAAGAGACAAAAAGAUAAAAUGUUGACAGAUUCAUCAGCGUACAUCCUGUAGCUACAUGUGAUGUGUAUUCAGAUUGUACCACAGAACCAUCAAGCUUCCCACUGAUGAGGAAAAACACAGAAGACUUCAUGUUUCUGUGAUCAGUUCAGAUGAAGCUCUGGCACAAUACUCUGUGGUAACAUCCCUGUUCUGUCAGUGUGCUGUGUGAGUUUUGGCCUCUGUGGGCCACCGUAGUCCCGGGAGGCUCCAGCUGAUGAGCAGAGAGGAUUAUACACUCAUGUAGACUGAAUGCAGGAAGCCUGUCUUUGUGUUUUCACUGACUGAAGACUGAAACUCUUAAAGAGCUGCCGAACAAAUAUCAAAAGAGUCCUCGUGUAUUUUAUGACUUAUAGACGACUGCUGUCAUCGUUAACGAUGUGAGGAGGAGUUUGUUCUGUUAUUUGCCUUAUUUCUUCAUCAUCAUCAGUGGUUUGUUUUAAAAUCAUCAGCCAGCUGAAGAAUCAGACUUAAAAUCAAAACACUGAACCCUUUUUAAAGGUUUUUAACACUAUAAUGUAGCUAAAAGUGGACAUAAUGUUCUGUAUGAUAACUCAGUUUUGUACAAAUCAUUCACAGGCCGCUUCACUGCUGCACAUGAACCAGAUGAUUAUAACACCCGUAUAUCAGCUGACGUAGAGCAACAACAUUUAUUCCGUCGAUUGUGUCAAAAGAAAAAGUUAAAGGAACUUGGGGUAUCGAAGUUAGCAAGGUAGGCUAACUAGUGUGACACUGGUUAGCUUAGCAUCCUGCUGAUGGCGGAGUGUUUGACACGCCCACAUGUAAGAGGCCCGCCCCUUUUCAGAGAUGAUGUCAUGUUUGUUGUUUCCAUAAUUGUGUCCAAAAAAGGUUCAAUCCUCCUUUGAAAAAUGAAAAAAUGUCCACAUAGCAGCAGUAUUAUUAUUUCUUAUCUAUAUAUUUUUGUGGCGUUUCCCUUGAAAACUACAUUAUAUUGUUAAAGUUAUAUUAAAUUACUGAGAUGCUUGUUGAGCGAUGAGUCAUCUCGCUGCUCGUCCUGGUUCUGUUCUGACCACUUCAGCCGUCACUGGUUGAUCCAGCUGAUGUAAACGUGUACCUGAAUAAAUGACUGAGGUGUUUGUAACGCAGCUCCAUCAGAGCUCACAGAUUUAAUUUGAUUUUAAUUUGUGCGUGUUCAGAAUACUGUCAGAUAAUCCUGUCAGACAGAACCACCGGUUCACUGCUGCAGCUCACGUCCUGACCAAUUUAACAUCCGUUUGCAAAUUUGACUUUUGUUUUAAGAAAAUGAAAAAUGUGCCCACUUUGUAAUCUGCUUCUUCACUGCUGUGCGAUGGUACAUGUGUUUCUGUUUGAGGGUUAAUGAAAUCCUCGUCUCCUCGACAACACAGUUGAUUUGUUCGAUGCUGUGAGAUAAUAUGAAAAGACUGGACGCCACGCUGUGUGUGUGACGAUGACGAUCUGUGGACGUCCUCUACGGUUCUGAUGCAGUUUGACUUCUUUUUAUCUUUUGUCAUGAAAAUGAAUAAAAGUGUUUUUUUUUA